AUGGAACAGUUCAAUCCUGGGCUACGAAAUUUAAUAAACCUAGGAAAAAAUUACGAAAAAGCUGUUAAUGCUAUGAUUCUGGCGGGAAAAGCCUACUACGAUGGAGUGGCCAAGAUCGGUGAGAUUGCCAGCGGGUCCCCUGUGUCGACAGAGCUGGGCCACGUUCUCAUAGAGAUUUCGAGUAUCCACAAGAAACUCAACGAGAGCCUUGAUGAAAAUUUCAGAAAAUUCCAUAAGGAGAUUAUCCAUGAGCUGGAGAAGAAGACAGAGCUUGAUGUAAAAUAUAUGAACGCAACUCUCAAAAGAUACCAAGCAGAACACAGGAAUAAAUUAGAUUCUUUGGAGAAAUCUCAAGCUGAAUUGAAGAAGAUCAGAAGGAAAAGUCAAGGAGGACGAAAUGCACUCAAAUAUGAGCACAAGGAGAGUGAGUAUGUAGAAACCAUCACUUCUCGCCAGAAUGAAAUCCAGAAAUUUAUUGCAGAUGGUUGCAAAGAAGCUCUACUUGAAGAGAAGAGGCGCUUCUGCUUCCUUGUUGACAAACACUGCAGCUUCGCAAAUCACAUUCAUCAGUAUCACUUACAGUCUGCAGAAUUGAUCAAUUCCAAACUGCCUAAGUGGCAAGAAACAUGUGGUGAUGCCACCAAAGUACCAGAGAAAAUCAUGAAUAUGAUCGAAGAAAUUAAGACCCCAAUCUCCACCCCAAUGUCUGGAACGCCUCUGCCUUCACCCAUGAUCGAGAGAAGCAGCAUGGUUGGGCGAGAUUAUGACACCCUUUCUAAAUAUUCACCAAAGAUCCCCUCAGCUCCUUCAGCCAGAGCGUCAACCAGCCCUUUGAUUGAUAUGUUUAAUAACCCAGCCACAGUCGCACAGAAUUCAGAAAGAAAAAAUAAUUCAACAGGUUCUUCAGAUGACCCCAGUUUACAGCGAUCGGUUUCUGUUGCCACUGGACUGAACAGGGUAAAAAAGCAGAAAGUGAAAACCAUCUUUCCGCACACGGCCGGCGCGAACCAGACCUUACUCAGCUUCGCACAGGGAGACGUCAUCACGCUGCUUGUCUCCGAGGAGAAGGACGGCUGGCUGUACGGAGAGCAUGAGGGCACCAAAGGGAGGGGUUGGUUCCCGUCGUCCUACACAAAGUUGCUGGAGGAAAAUGAGAAGGAGACCGUGAGCAUGCCCGGGCCAAGCUCGAUAUCAGUACGGAGCAUGAGCACGAUGAACUUAUUUGAGAAAAGCAGCGUCGUCAUCCCCCCACCGGAUUACUUAGAAUGUUCGUCCACGGGGGCGGCUGCAGAAAAGAAAGGAGCGGUUUCCCAAAACGCUUCUACCUUUAAACCACCAGUGUCCAAACCAGAAACCACGUCUCCUAAUGAUGCAAAUGGGUUUGCAAAGCCUCCUUUUCUCAGCAGAGAAAAUCCCUUUGCUACUGUGAAACUCCGACCAACGGUGACAAAUGAUCGCUCAGCACCAGUCAUUCGAUGA